AUGACAUCGAAUUCUACCAACCCCACUGAGGCACCUCCGCCAUAUCAACCCGGAGGAGCAAGACCCAACGUGUCCGUUACCACGCCCUCAGGCGAUGUCCGAUCCACUUCUCAAGAUGCCGUCGCACAAAAUCGACCAGGCCAUCAGAGGACCCCGUCGAACGUUUCUGACGUGAGCGAUUUGACCGACGAGGAGCCAGAUAAACUCGAUCCAAAAGAGGUGGAGAUGAGAAGAAGUAUGGAUGAUGAGCAGAGGGAUUUACCUGAAGGUUGGGUAAGGUGUUUUGAUCCGAAACAACAACAUGCUUUUUACGUUGAUGAACGUACCAAACGAUCAACAUGGUUACAUCCCUAUGACGAUCCCGAGUUUCUCAGGAGUUUACCUACUACCCACCCUGCUCACCCGGAAUCAAAGGAAGGUCAAGCUAUAAGAAAGAAAUCAGAGGACGAAAAGAUCUUACAAGAUAAGAUCAAAAGUACCAAAAGUACAAAGGAUGGCAGAGAACAGCAACAACAACAAAGUAAGAAUGUGGUUUCUGGGGAUGAAAGAAACUGGUUCCAGAAGAAGAAAGAUAAGUUGAUUGGAACUAAGGAAGAGAGGGCGAAAGCGAAAGAAGAGAAGAGAAAGGCGAAGGAGGAACAAAGAAGGAAGAUGAUUGAAGCUCAAGCUGCUUACCAACGAAGAAGACAGGAAUUGAUCAAUCAACAACUCAAUGAUCCUAAUAUCCGUCGUAUGUAUGCUAGCGAUCCAUAUAGGUACGCUGCCCCUUCCACGCCUUUCAUGAGAGGUGGAGGGAUGUACGGCAGUCCUUACGGUUAUGGCUACGGCGGUGGAUACGGUCGAAGAGGUUAUGGAGGAAUGGGUAUGGGUGCGCCCAUGCUCAUGGGCGGUGGAGCAGGUCUAUUAGGUGGAAUGUUAUUGGCAGACGCUAUGACUCCCGACUAUGGAGGAGGUUUCGGAGGUGGAGGUGAUUUCGGUGGUGGUGGUGGUGACUUUGGUGGCGGCGGUGAUGGUGGUGGAGGUGGGAUGUAA